AUGUCUUACCAGAAAAAGCAGCCCACUCCUCAGCCCCCAGUGGGCUGCGGAAAGACCUCCGGCGGCGGCGGCGGCGGCGGCGGUGGCUCUGGCGGCUGCGGCGGCUCCUACUCCAGUGGCGGCGUUUCCUCCGGGGGCGUUUCCUCCGGGGGCUGCAGUGGCUACUACUACGGCGGCGGCGGCGGCGGCGGCGGCAGCUCAGGCCAGCAGGUCCAGUGCCAGAGCUACGGAGGCGUCUCUAGCGGCGGCUCCUCCGGGGGCGGCUCCGGCUGCGGCGGCGGCUCCUCCGGGGGCAGCUACUCCGGCGGCGGCUCCAGCUGCGGCGGGGGCUCCUCUGGCGGCGGCUCCGGCUUCUUCUCCUCGAAGCAGCCCACCCAGACCUCCUGCGUGCCCCAGCCGAGUUGCGGAGGGGGGUCGUCUGGCGGCGGCGGCUGCGGUGGCGGCUCCUCCGGGGGCGGCGGCGGCUGCUUCCCCAUUGGCGGGGGCGGCGGCGGCGGCUCUGGCUGCGGCGGUGGCUCCUCCGGGGGCAGCUCCGGUAGUGGCAAGGACGUCCCAGUCUGCCACCAGACCCAGCAGAAGCAGGCACCUACCUGGCCAAGCAAGUAA